AUGGCACAUUCUUCAUAUGAGCAAGCGUGUGAAGCAGCUCGCUUUUUGAAAGAUCGCUUGCCAUCUCCGUUGCAAGCUCCUCGCAUUGCCAUAAUCUGUGGCUCUGGCUUGGGCGGCCUCGCCAGCACAAUUGACGACCAGCCGCGAGCCGAAUUUGACUUCAAAUCCGUCCCCCAUUUUCCCCAUCUAACAGUGGCCGGCCACGCAGGAAAGCUCGUCUUUGGAUGCCUAAAUGGGCAGGUCCCUGCAGUGUUGAUGGUGGGCCGAGCUCAUUACUACGAGGGCCAUUCUUUGGAUCGAGUUACAUUUCCUGUACGCGUUUUCAAGCUACUGGGCAUUGACGCAAUGAUCUUAACCAAUGCCGCGGGGGCCUUAAAUCCAGAUUAUAUGGUGGGCGACAUUGUGCUACUCAACGACCAUUUAUUCCUUUCUGGACUGGCAGGCUCUCAUCCACUAAGAGGACCUAAUGCCGAAGAAUUCGGUCCACGUUUCCCUCCACUAUCUGAUGCCUACGAUCUCGACCUGCGCCGCCAUGUCCAUAAAGCUUGGGCCACCAUAAAUCUAUCGGGCAACCAGAGGAGGCUCCACGAGGGUAUAUAUGCUUUUGUUGGCGGACCAAGCUAUGAGACCAGAGCAGAAUGUCGCAUGCUCCGUGGAUUUGGCGCCGAUCUGGUGGGGAUGUCCACUAUUCCAGAAAUAGUUGUUGCGAGGCAUUGCGGCGUGCGAGUCUUAGCGUUGAGUCUCGUGACUAAUAAGGUUGUUCUGGAACCAGUUCCCCGAGGUGAUGACAAUUUGCUCACAGGCAAGAGGGCGGAAGAGCUGGAUGCAAUCAUGCAAGAAGGAAAGGCUAACCAUCAAGAAGUCCUUGACGCUGGUCGCUCGGCAGCAAUCGACAUGCAGAGAUUGGUGAUGGAGACAGUCGCUUUCGGGUUUCCAUCAUCCGACGGGCGCUGACGGUGCGAUAUCACGGAUUCAGGGCGAGGCAACUCUGUCCGGUGAGCGCACGCGAGAUUCUCGGCCCAGGGCUUAGAUAGAUAAACCAAGUGCCCUGUCCAGUGACAGCACGCCAUCGCUUGACCCUAGAUGAGAAUGAACCCCCAAUGAACCUUCGAGCUAGUC